AUGUCUACCUACGAAUCCCUCAGGCGACAAUGCCGUACUCUAGAGGCUUUAGUCAACGACAAACUGACGGCCUACUCGCGGUUAGCCGUCACACUCUCUUCGGGCCAGAGUGGCGACCUGGAACAAGGCUCGGCGGCGCGGUGGUCAGACAUGGAAGAAGAGAUUGAAGGAUUGUUGGAAAAGCUACGAGAGACGAAUGAUGGAAUGGCCGACCUGAUGUCCGAAUCCCAGGUGGAGGUGACGACAUCCAUGAGGCACUCGGCACAGAUGCACCGAGAGAUGUUGGACGAUUAUGUUAGAGAUUUCGGGAGAACCAAGGUGAAUGUAAGGGGUGCACUAGACAGAGCGAACCUCUUGUCAAAUGUUCGAAGCGAUAUCAAUGCCUACAAGGCCGCCCGAUCGUCAGCCACUGAUUCGUUACUAGCCGAGCGUGGCAGAAUUGACAGCUCGCACAGGAUGACGGAUGAUAUACUAGCACAAGCAUACGAAACGCGCGCCGAGUUUUCGAGACAGCGCUCAUCACUGGCAGGUAUCAACGCACGUAUGGGCGGGGUGCUGAAUUCGAUGCCAGGCAUAAACUCGCUUAUUGGUAUGAUUCAUUCACGCCGCCGACGAGACGGAAUCAUUUUGGGUUGUGUCAUUGGGCUGUGCCUUUUGGCUCUGGUCAGUUUUAUGGGCCGGUAA